UGUCGGGCCAGUUAUGAUCGCUCGUUGGCUUUGCCUUGCCCAGAUCGGCCUACAAUAAGACGUGUCUGUGUGUGUGUGUGUGUUUCUUUGCAUACAUGUGUAGUGGUUGCUAUUUCAUAAGCUCAGCUUUUGGGGCAUAUAAUUUGUUUUUGUGCUCCCUCUUUGUUUUGAUUCGCUGUUGAUAAUAAAAAAAAUUAAAAAGGCAAAAACAACAAAGCAGCGCUCCGCCGUCGAAAUGGAAAUGGAAAUAAGAUAUACUCAGAUAUUGAACCAAUUUAUUUCAAUUUUAUUUCGCACCUCGACGACAAAUGUUGUGUUCGCGUCGGGCAUUCAAUGAUCAGUUAAGAAUUGUGCGCAAGUUAAAGAGUGCGCGAGUGUGUGUGUGUAUGAGUGUGUGUGUGCGGGAUCAAUUGAAGCAGCUGGUUUAACGAAAGCUCAAAAUGCAUUUGUUGUUGCUGAAGUUAAUAUGCAUUACAGUUAUUAGCACAUUGUGCUUUCAAUACGUUUGUCCCGCCAGUGUCUGUCAUUGCAUACGCAUUAAGGACUGCGUGCCCUUUCGUCGACUUUUGCUCAGUCACAAUCCAGAGGAGCGCGCGUCUGUGUUCGCCAUGGUUCAUUCAGCCGGCUGUGGUUUUCAUGGUCUCGAUCCGCUCGCUUGCUGUCCGCAGCAACAGGCGGCAUCUCCGCAUACCAGUCGCAGUUCGCGAUUUGCGCCCAAUGAUCGCUGGGUCUGGGACAGCUCGAGUGGCUCAAAGCGCAAUCCCAGAUUCAACUAUAGCUUCAAUCGAUUUGUGGCACACGAGACCGAAAUGCGUUUGCAUGACUAUCGGGAUUUCGAGGCGCAACGCAACUGUCCCCAGCCAAUUGAAGAUGAUUAUGAUGAUCAUCCGUUUGGAUUUGGCAGCGGUCAUCACUUUCAAUACCACAUUGAUCACGAGAUUGAGCCCAUGGAGAAAGCGCCGCGUCCAAAGCCUGCAGAUAAACCGAUUGUGUUUCCUGGCGAUUUGCGUUUUCAGGAAUCGAUCGAGAUAAGAGGACAAGGCGAGCUAAUGGCCGAUGCAAGCCAGGAACAGGUUAUACGUGACACAGCACCCACCACAACAUUGACGCCCAUGUCCACGCCUACGGCCACAUUGCCGCCGGCUGCGCGCAUGAACUCACCCAAUUGUGGGAUAAGUGUGAGCACACGUCUCUUGGGAGGUGACGAGGUUGCCCCCGGACAAUAUCCGUGGUUCGCCCGAAUCGCCUACCGCAAUCGCACCAACAAUCGCAUCAGCUAUCGCUGCUCGGGCUCCCUCAUUUCCGAUAAUUAUGUUGUCACCGCCGCUCACUGCGUUGUCAACUUGGUGAGCGAUCUGCAGAUAUUUCAGGUGCGUAUCGGCGAUGAUGUAUCCGGCGCGCAGGACUGCAGCCCAAACGCAGCCAAUUGCAGUCGGCCAAAUAUAUUUGAUAUUGUAAGCGUGCUGGUGCAUCCGAACUACGAUCAACCAAAAUAUGCGAAUGAUAUUGCCCUGCUGAGCCUAAACAAUAGCCUGAGUAAUUUCACACCAAUAUGCUUACCUCUGAACAGCACAGCAGCUCUCGCAGAUAGAUUGAUCGGGCAAAUGGGCGUGGUGGCUGGUUGGAGCACAAAAAUGGAGAAUAAUACUUCGAGCAGCCCAGCCAGCACAGCCUCUGUGAGGUUCAUAAGAUUGCCCAUAGUCAAUACGACCAGUUGCGCAAUUACCUAUGCCACGCUCAGCGAGAACUUCCAGCAGCCGAUUGUCAUCACGCCGAGCCAUCUGUGCGCCCAGGGCCAGCCCAUGAACGAUGUUUGUCGCGGCGACAGUGGCGGUCCCUUCAUGGACGAUGGCACAUCCGGCAUACUCAACGCCGAUGGGCGUUAUACGCUGCUAGGGAUUGUCGCCUUUGGACCAACUCUAUGCGGCGUUACCACCGUACCGGGCGUUUAUACGGCUGUCAGCUCUUACAUGAACUGGAUUUUCGAUAGCAUCAAUAGCGAAUCUCCAAAGUCAAUGCUGAAUACAUGAACGGGAGAGUUGCGUGGGGCACGACUUUAUCCAAAGCUUUUCGACGCCAAAGCCAAAUAUCUACAUAUGUAGAACUAACACCGUUGUGUAUUAUUCCUAUACAAAAAAAAAUACUAAAAAUAUAAAUAAAAUAAAGAUAUUAAAAUACUUG